AUGGGAGAAUCUGCUUGUCUCAUGCAGCCAUUCUCAUAUGCAGCUCCAGAGGGAGGCUCUGUUAGUAGCUUAGGACAGUCAGUGUCCUUUGGGAGAUUCAUGUCGGAGAAACUUGACUGGGAAAAAUGGUCAGCUUUCUCAACACAAAACCGCUAUGUAGCAGAAGCAGAGAGAUACUCAAGACCAGGAUCUGUGGCUCAGAAGAAAGCCUUCUUUGAAGCUCACUACAAGAACCUCGCUGCUGCAAGAAAAGCCGCAGCGGAAGAGGCACUCUUGCUUCAGCAGCAAAACCAUAAUCCCGAACCAGAGAAGCUUCCACUUCAACAAGAUAUCAAUGGAGGAGGAAAGAAGGACGGGUUGGUCUCAAAACCGGAUCUUGAGACUCCAAGAGGAUCUUUAGACUCUGAGUUGAAAUUACUUGCAGAAAAAGUGACCAUAUCCGGUGAUAGAAGGCAAUCUGAUGAGAAAGAGAACCGCGGGAGGGCUGAUUCAGAGAUCAAUGGCAAAGAUCCUGAAGUUGAACAAGAACAAGUGGAGACGACGCCUAUGUUAAUACUAAAGAAGAAAUCCAAAGAUGCACAAUUGAAGAGCAGUACCAAACCAAGACUCUCCAAGCUCAAUACAUCGGAGAGGACUCCAAAUCAAAAGCCUAGCAACUCUUACAAUUUCACGCCUGCAAAAGAGUUCAAUAGAUUAGUGUCGAUGAUAAGGAAGAUUGAUGGGUCAAGAACUUGUUCUAAACCAACCAAAGACUGCAAGACUCCUCUCCGGACACCGUCAAACAAGGUGACUGCAAAGGGCAUUAUCGAUGACUCUUUGUACACACCUUUAUCGAGUAACCAAAGAGGGAAAAAGGCUACUGAUUCUUCUGCCAAAACAGGUCGAGGAAGAUGGAAUUUCCUGCCUACGGAGACACCCAACUGUUUUACACCGUUUGGCUUAAGAACAGAGGAGAGAGCAGAGAGAAGAAGGAAGAAGCUAGAGGACAAAUUCAAAAGCAUGGAGACACAAAAGCCAGAGGAGAUGAGUGUUGAGAAAGAAGAGAGUAAACUACGGCAAAGGCUAUGCUUCAAGGCGAAGCCACUUCCAAAUUUCUACAAACAGAGACCUAAAUCCACAGACCAAUCCAAGAAAGCUCUGUUACAGUAG